AUGCAGAUUGUGGUCUGCUUCAAUGACAUCUGGAAGACGGAACAUGUGCUAGGUUCAUGGUUGAUGGAUGACAAGUGUGGUUUCUUUCUUCGGCAUCUUAGUCGUGGUGGGAUGCUAGAUAUGGAGUUCGAUGGCGUGUCCAUGGUGUUGCUCCGGUCUGAUUCGUUCAACGACAAUGGCUUCAUUUUUGGUGAGCCACCUUGGAGGACAGUAAAUUUUUACCCACUCAACCAUAACAACCAAGUCAAAGGCAAUGGGAUUAUUUUAUAUGAUGGUGCAAUCCCGAGAUAUGCUACUGCGUCGGUUGGACCUCUCUCCAAAUGGAAGAUGGCUGGCGGCUUUCGGGUGCUGCAUCUGGUCAGGCCCUUCUUGGCCUUCUUGCCGGAAGUGCAGAGUGCUGACAGGAAAAUACCAUUUAGAGAAAAAGUGAUCUACACCGUCAUUUCUCUCUUCAUUUUCCUGGUGUGCAGUCAGCUCCCGCUCUAUGGCAUCCAUUCAACCACUGGAGCAGAUCCUUUCUACUGGAUGCGUGUUAUUCUUGCAUCAAACCGUGGUACUGUCAUGGAACUGGGUAUUACCCCAAUUGUGACAUCUGGAAUGGUUAUGCAACUUCUUGUGGGAUCCAAGAUUAUUGAAGUUGACAACAGUGUGAGAGAGGAUCGUGCUCUGCUGAAUGGUGCACAGAAGUUGCUGGGUAUCCUGAUUGCCAUUGGGGAAGCUGUGGCAUAUGUUCUGUCUGGAAUGUAUGGCAGUGUGAGCCAACUUGGAACUGGAAAUGCCAUUCUCAUCAUACUUCAGCUUUUCUUUGCUGGCAUCAUUGUCAUCUGUCUAGAUGAACUUCUCCAGAAAGGCUAUGGUUUGGGUUCUGGCAUUUCUCUCUUCAUUGCUACCAAUAUCUGUUGGCUUAUGGUAGAUUUGAUCUUAUGUAGUGAGAAUAUCAUUUGGAAGGCAUUUAGCCCUACCACCAUCAACAGUGGACGUGGUGCUGAAUUUGAAGGGGCUGUCAUUGCAUUGUUCCAUCUGUUGAUUACUCGAUCAGACAAAGUCCGUGCCCUACGAGAAGCUUUCUACCGUCAGAAUCUGCCAAAUGUGACCAAUUUGCUUGCUACUGUCCUGGUCUUUCUCAUAGUUAUCUAUUUCCAAGGCUUCCGUGUUGUGCUUCCAGUGAGGUCAAAGAAUGCUCGUGGGCAGCAAGGCUCAUACCCAAUUAAGCUGUUCUACACUUCGAACAUGCCCAUCAUUCUGCACUCUGCCCUGAUUACCAACCUGUAUUUCAUAUCCCAGCUUCUCUACAGGAAGUACAGUGGAAACUUUCUGGUUAACCUUCUCGGUAUAUGGAAAGAAUCUGAAUAUUCUGGCCAUUCUAUCCCUGUUGGUGGUCUUGCUUACUAUGUAACUGCACCAUCAAGUAUGGCUGAUAUUCUGGCGAAUCCAUUCCAUGCAUUGUUCUAUGUGGUCUUCAUGCUGUCAGCAUGUGCUCUCUUCUCAAAAACAUGGAUUGAAGUCUCUGGUUCAUCAGCCAAGGAUGUUGCUAAGCAGCUGAAGGAACAACAAAUGGUGAUGCCAGGCCAUCGUGAGUCAAACCUGCAGAAGGAACUGAACAGAUACAUCCCUACUGCCGCAGCAUUUGGUGGAGUGUGCAUCGGCGCAUUGACUGUUCUUGCUGAUUUUAUGGGCGCAAUUGGUUCAGGAACCGGUAUUCUGUUGGCCGUCACCAUCAUAUACCAGUACUUUGAGACCUUCGAGAAGGAGAGGGCGACAGAGCUUGGUUUCUUCGGGUUUUGA